UGUUUCUUCCUCCUCCUUGGCGGAGGUGGAGGGAUGCUUGCUUGUCACCUACUACUCUGCCUUUUAAGCUCCCCACUCUCUCCUCCUCUUCCACCUCUCACGCUUCUUCUGCUUGGAUCUUCCCCGUUGGACUAUCAGCUGUCCCACGGCUGAGCAAGCAAGCAAAGCCCGCAAGCUGCUCGUGAUUUCAAGCAUUACGGUAUCUGAUCUCUGCUGCUCCAUUGCCUUGUGUGUGGGAGUUUGUCUUGCUCGUUCGGCGAUGGACAGGCACACCUGCAAGCUCUGCUUCCGGCGGUUCCAGAAUGGCCGUGCGCUGGGCGGCCACAUGCGAUCCCAUGUCAUGGCGGCCGCCGCAGCUGCUGCGUACUCGACGCCGCCGACGCAGCAGCAGUCGCCGCCACUGUCCUUGGCGUCCACCUCGUCGACGGACACGGAUGGUAAGCCGGCUCAGCCGAAACGGCUGUCCUGGGUCCUGCGUGAGGAUCCCGCGAGAAGCUGUAAGGUAGGCGCGCCUGAAUUCUCAGGCGGAUGCUUCGGCGGGGUCACCGCGGCGGCCGGCGAGUCGUCGGUCGUGCAGGACGGCGAGAGCGACACGGAGUCCCCGCGCGGUGGCGCGGGGUUCGCCGUGAGCCGACGGCGCUCCAAGCGGGCACGGCGGCGUGCGCCGCCGCCUGUGCCGGAUCCCGAGCCGGCGAGCACCGUCUCCGAUUCGACGCAGGAGGAGGACGUGGCCAUGUCGCUCGUGAUGCUGUCUCGGGACUCGUGGACGCGGUCCAGAUCCGAGCCGGAGCCCCGCUGGGCCUCGGAGGCUGAGCAAAACAACGACGGCACCAAGGUGUUCGACGAGGACGAGGACGGCCCCGACGUGGCCGGCGAGGCUUACUACGCCGAGGCGACGCCGGUGCACGUGCACCCGCGCGCCAGGCACCAGUGCGGCGCAUGCAAGAAGGUGUUCCGGUCGUACCAGGCCCUCGGCGGCCACCGCGCCAGCGUCAAGAAAGGCAAGGGCGGCUGCGUGCCACCGCCGGCUGGCAAGGCCUGCCGCGCCGACGCCCCGAUCGUCCACGAGUGCCCGUUCUGCUUCCGCGUGUUCGGCUCCGGGCAGGCCCUGGGCGGCCACAAGCGCGCGCACAUGCCGUCGCCGUCUCCGGCGAAAUGCGGGGACAGCUUCGGGUCCUUCGAUCUCAACGUGCCGGCCGCGUUCGACGACGACUUCGAGCUCUCCGCCGUGUACGACGCCGAGUUCGGCAGCGUCAGACAGUGAGGUCAGCUGUUGUGACAUGUGACCAGCCGUCGUCCAGAUCGGUCGCCAGAUGUGCUCAGAUGAGCUCAGGGAUUGGAAGCCCAGCUUCGGCAAUCGGCAUGCAUGGAUGGAUUGUAGGCAAGGGCUCUUCAUCCAUGCAAGAUCCAGGUGGAGAACAGUUGAGCAAUAAAAAAACAUAUCGUUUUUUUGCC